AUGUCUGCAUUAUUCUAUUAUUGUCAAUUUUGCGCUGAACGGCUUCUAAUAGAAUUUAAUUUAUAUUCACCAGAUAUAAAUGAAUGUGACCUGGAACUUUUAUGUGAUACAGUUGAGAACAAGAAAUGCAAGAAUACUAAAGGAAAUUACACGUGUGUAUGCAUGACAAACUUUGUGGCAGUGGAUGGUAUAUGUAUUGAUGCACUAACCAUAUUUCUGGUAGUGAACUUUACAGACAUCAAGGGAGCAGUCGUGAGUUUAAUACCAAAUAUCUUGGAUUCUGAUAUCAGUCGGAAAGAUCUUGCAGAUAACGUGUAUGAUCUUUUGAAGUCUACAAGCCUCAGUAACUCAGUAUUACAAGCAAGCGUAGAUUCCUACAGGCAGGUUUAUCCAUUUGUAGAGGUAACCCUCAGAAUCGAUCUGCCAGUAUCAACGAAUGCUACAAUGAAUGAUAUUGCUGAAGCAUUUUUUGGUGGUUUAACCGGAGCAGAUAACACACAAUUACCACCGGACAACGUUGUCGAUACUUCAUCUUGGGCUUCUAUGAUGCCUGAUAUCGACCCUUGUGAAGAAGGAACACAUAACUGCUUUCAAAGAAAUUUCACUAGUUGUGUAUUUGUCAGCUCUGAAAUUUUCACAUGUGAAGAGUGUCGUCAAGGAUUUCAACAAGUUGAUGAUAGUUGUCAUGAUAUCAAUGAAUGCGAGUCUGAACUCUGUGGAGAGAAUACAUACUGUAUGAAUACUGAUGGAAGCUUCCUGUGCGAAUGUAAUGCAGGUUAUAUACAGGGUGAUAGUGGAUGUAUAGAACCCACCACAGCAGGCGAUCAAACUACAGUAGAAGCAGUGGAAUCAAGUAUGUCUACCUCAACAACAGUGGAACAAAUGAAAACAGAUGAAAUAACUACAGCAUACGGAAACAUAAGAGUUACAACAUUUGGUGUAAGCAUUCCUAUUACAGAAGUUGGAGGAACGGCGGCUGUAUUUGUUGGUGACUUAAAUGAUCCAACAUCUGCAAUCUACAAUAAUUAUGAGCAGAAUAUUUGUGAUUCUGUUACAUUCAUAUACGAUGUAAGUACUGAUAUUUCCGACAACACUCAGGGUUGCUCAGUCUCGAGUUUUGAAAGUGGUAGUAUUAUUGCGAACGUAGAAGUAGAAUUUCGUGAAGGCGUAACUAACGCUAACCAAUUGCAAACGGUACUUAUGGCUGCAGUUGAAAACAACACUUUAACUGGAACAAAUUUUACUGUUAAUAGUACAUCAAUAAUCGUUAUAGAAAUGCAAUCAACAACAGUGCAGCCAAGGACUGUAGCUACAGUAGAAUCCGGUACCAGAACAGUUGAUAAAGUAUCAGGAACUUCAGUCACUAGAGACCGAACUGCUUUAGUCACAGUGAGAUCAACUACAGUAAUAACAGAGGAGCUAAGUAUGAUAGAAACAGUGAAUCCGAGUAGGCCUACCGAAACUGUAGUUAAACCAACUACAAUACUCACAGUCGUACCGAGUACUGAAGUCUUAAUAGAACAAACUACAGCGCUAGCAAUGGAACAAACCACGAUAAAAGUUGACACAACAGUAGUUGAUCUGGAACAUUCAACAGUAGCCGUAGCGGAGCCAAGUACUACAGCGACAUUAAAACAUACUACAGUGGAAGCAGUGGAAUUAACUACAGUGGAAUUGGAACCAACGACUAAAGGAAGGGACGAGCGAACAACGGAAGCCGCAGUAGAACAAACUACAUCAGUAGCAGUGAAAACUACAGUAGAAUUAGAAGCAGCUACAGCAGCCGUGAUUAAAACCACGACAAUGAAGGCAUUAGAGUCAACAACAAUGGUAAAGGUGGAACCAACUACAGAGGCUGCAUUAACGCCAACUACAGCAUCUGAAGUAGAGACAACUACAGAGGGCCGAGUAGUACCAACUACAUCAGCCGCAGUAGAACCGACUACAGUGUCCGUACCAACUACUGCAGCUACACUUAAACUAACUACAACUGCUGUUGAAACUGCAACAUUUGUUGUAAGCCUCCGUAUUACAAAUGAUGGUACAGCAGAGGCAGUGUUUGGUGAUGACUUAAAUGAUCAAACAUCUGCACGGUACAUGCAAUAUGAGCAACGUAUUUGUGAUUCUGUGACAACUAUAUACGAUGAAAGCAGUGACAUUUCUAGCGCCAUUCGAGGAUGCUUUGUCUCAAGGUUUGAUGAAGGCAGUAUAAUCGCAAACUUACAAGUCAAAUUUACAGAGGGUGCCACCGACGCUAGUGAGCUACAAAUGGUACUCAUCAAUGCAGUUGGUUCCGGAAUUUUACCUGGCACUGCAUUUACUAUUGACACUGCCUCUAUAACUGUGAUUGAAAUGACAUUAUGUGCUUCCGGUUUCUGUGAAAACGGAGGAACUUGUGAUGAUAGUGUACAACCACCUGUUUGUACAUGCCUUCCUGAAUACAGCGGCGAUAAAUGCCAAGAUAAAAAUAAUACGAUUUAUUAUAUCGUAAUCGGCUCUUCUGUUUUAUUUGUGGCUCUUCUACUUGUCUGUGUCUCAGUCCUUACUUGGUUGUGUAUCUACAGAAGGAGAAUAGAGAGACGAAGGAGCCUUGUUUACAAAGAUCCUCGUCAGAAAAUGCCAUACCGGUUUGGUCAUUUGGAUGCUCAGAGUGUGUCAAGUACAUCUCAAUCUGAUGAAAUCCUUGCCCAGUACCAACAUGGUUUGUUGCGCACAUCACCAACUGGGGUUGGUGCUUACAUCCAAGCUAUGCCUGAUACCGAAUUCUAUCUUCCUUACGUAGCAACUGGUGAAGAAGGGUUGCAUGUGUACGACAACAGAGGCAGAAGUAACUUUGACGAAGAAAGAUGGCUCGACCGGCGCAAAGACUACCAAUACUAAAGCGGAAACAAUGGUUGCAUUGAAAGUGCUGUAAAGAUACAGACAAUAGACCCACUAAAAAAAA